UGAGAAAGAUGGCAACGCCUCGUUAAUGGUGAGAAAGUGUAGGUACACUUGUUUAUUUGUUUAUUUAUUUGUUUUAAUUUGUAAAAAUGCUUAAUGCUAAAAUUGGGAAAGUUGGCAAAGUGCUGGUGUGUGGCAUGAAAAAUGUCGGAAAAACAGCACUCAUCGAGCAAUUGGUGUAUGGAAAUAUUAACACCGAAACAGAACUGCAUCCAACGAUCGAGGAUAUAUAUGUCGCAAGCGUAGACACAGGACGUGGUGGUGCUCGGGAAACCCUGCGAAUCUACGAUACGGCCGGAUUACAAGGCGAACAAGCGGCUCAGCUGCCGCGUCACUAUUUGCAAUUUCCAGAUGCCUUUGUGUUAGUUUAUGAUCCGACUGAUCCACGUAGCUUAGAUAUGUUGGCGGACAUCAAGACCGAUAUAGACAAGCACAAAGAGAAGAAAGAGGUGCCUGUGAUUGUCUUGGCCAAUGUUCGCGCUCGCAGCAAAAAGGAUACGCCUCCUGCUACACCAAUUCCUGUGGAAUCGAUAAUGGACCGAGCUAAUAAUUGGUGUCAACGAGAACGUAUUAAGCAUUACACUGUCAAUGUUAUGGAACGUCCGUCACUAUACGAACCCUUCACAAUGCUAUGUGCCCGUCUACAUCCACCACAGACGAAGAGCACCUUUCCGCAGCUUCGCCAGGUGAUGCAGAAUCGUCAGAAAAGCGAAGUCUAACUCGUGCAAUUAGAUAUAAAAUAAAAAUCAUAACUCUAGUAUAGAACCGACGAAGAAAAUGACUAAUGCGAAAAUGUUCAAGUAUUAAUCACCCCAUUUAAUUUAUUACUCUUAAUGUGCUGGCCAAUAAUGAGGCCCAUGCAAAUGUAUAAAAUAUUCUUAGUAUAGAUUAAAAAAGAAUGUACGAACUAUCAA